CAUUAUCGUUCCGGAAUAUAACGGAGAAGCUGAGAAACACUGCCUUCACCUUCCUUCCCUCACCAGCAAGCAAAGGGUUAAAUUAAAAGAAAGAUAAAAAAGGCGACACAAAAUAAAAAACACAACCGGAAAGAAACUCAAUUUCACAUGACAGAGCCACCGUCUCUCUCUUUCUGAUCGAUUGCCCAUCAAUCAAAAUCAAAAUCAAUGGCGGGAUUGUCACUGAAGUGCGGGGACUGCGGGGCUUCAUUGAGGUCCGUACAAGAGGCACAAGAUCACGCCGAGCUGACCUCUCACUCCAAUUUCUCUGAAUCCACUGAAGCCGUUCUCAAUCUUGUCUGCGCCACUUGCGACAAACCCUGCCGUUCCAAAACAGAAAGCGAUUUGCACACCAAGAGAACAGGUCACUCUGAGUUUACGGAUAAGACCGCCGAGGCUGCAGAACCGAUAAGCUUAGAGGUUCCGAAGGCGACGCCAAUGGAUGCUAAUGAGCCUGCUGCUGAUGCAAGCACUAGUACCCGGCCUGAAGAAAUGGUUGCUCCAGAGGUUGACAAAAAAAUCCUUGAGGAACUGGAAGCAAUGGGUUUCCCAACAGCAAGGGCAACCAGGGCACUUCAUUAUUCUGGAAAUGCCGGUCUUGAGGCUGCGGUAAAUUGGGUAGUUGAGCAUGAGAAUGACCCAGACAUAGAUGAAAUGCCCAUGGUACCUGUCAACUCCAAUGCUGAGGCUUCUAAACCUUCUUUGACCCCAGAAGAAGUGAAGCAAAAAGCACAAGAACUGAGGGAGCGUGCACGCAAGAAGAAAGAGGAGGAAGAGAAGACAGCGGAAAGAGAAAGGGAAAAGGAGAGGAUUCGAAUUGGCAAGGAACUCCUGGAAGCAAAGCGAAUUGAAGAAGAAAAUGAAAGAAAGCGAUUGAUGGCCCUGCGGAAGGCAGAAAAAGAGGAAGAGAAGAGAGCCAGGGAAAAAAUUCGUCAGAAAUUGGAAGAGGACAAGGCAGAACGAAGAAGGAAGCUUGGACUGCCACCAGAAGAUCCUGCAACUGUAAAACCUUCUGCACCUGUUGUGGAGGAGAAAAAGAGCAUGUUGCCUGUUAGGCCUGCCACAAAGCAAGAGCAAAUGAGAGAAUGCUUGCGAUCUCUUAAGCAGAACCACAAGGAUGAUGAUGCUAAAGUGAAGAGAGCAUUCCAGACUCUCCUAACUUACGUGGGGAAUGUUGCCAAAAACCCUGGUGAGGAGAAGUUCAGAAAAAUAAGACUCAAUAAUCAAACCUUCCAGGAUAGAGUUGGUUCACUCGAAGGAGGCAUUAGGUUUCUUGAGCUGUGUGGGUUUGAGAAAAUUGAAAGCGAAGAGUUCUUUUUUCUUGCUAGGGACAAGGUGGACAUGGCAGUAUUGAACUCAGCUGGAUCUGAGCUGACCUCUGCAAUAAAUAAUCCGUUCUUUGGAGUCCUCUAAGCUAGUAAACUGUACUAUACUUUUAUUUUCUGAGGAGAAGUUAUGCUGUUGUGGAUUAAGCUCGCUGUUGUCUCGUUACCAUUUAGUGGCCUUCAAUGAAUCGGUACAUCAGUUCAGGUUGAUCUCUCCUUGACCUAUUGGAGCUGGAUGUCCUUCAUACCUAUUUCUCCGAUGACAAUUAUAUGUUUAUUUCCAUGUUUUCAAAUUUCAAGCAGGUUAUUCCUCCGAA